UUGAAUUAAAUAAUAUAAGUAUCAGUGUGUUAUCAGUAGUAAAUAUUAUAAUUCAUGUACCAAAAAUGGCACGCAAAAUGAAAGCUAUGAAUGAAAGUGAUUCGCCAACAACAACGCCGUUAAUGGCGCAAAAUAUUGUUACCUCAGAAAAAGUCAAAGAAAUUUUAACCAAAGAUUUUACGGAACAUGCAAAUAACUCGGAUAGUGAAAUAAUAGAAAUUUCCAAUAUAACGGCCAAAAAGAAUAAAUCAACAUUAUUUUUAAUUAAAUCCUAUAGUUUUAAUGAAACAAUCAAGCAAACCACACCGAAGCAAAUCAAUAAAUUUGUAAAUAAAAUGAAAAGCUCAAAAGCUCCCAUUAAUGACAAAGUAGAUGUUUAUGAUGAUGAUGAGGAUUACAGUGAAAUAUUACGCAAACCGGCAAAAAUAUUUGAAAAUGGCUUACCACCAACACCAAAUACAACAACAAAAAUAAAACAAAAAUCUCGUCCUAAAUCAAUGCCAACAAAUAUUUCCGCGUCUGUUACUAAUGCUGGCGUAGCCAUUGUGUCUACCCCACGAACAAGUGUAAAGCGUAGCAGCGCAUCUUUUAUACGUCAAAGUUUUCAAACAAUACGGCGUAGCUUUCGUACAACAAAAAAAUUAUAUGAGAGUAGUAAUGGGAAAAAUGUUACAACUCCUAAAACAACAGCAACAACAACAUCAAUCGUAGCAUCUUCGGUUUCGACCUCGUCAAAUACAACAACAGCUUCGUCAACAUCGUCAGCAGGUUCGACAAUUGAUUUUACGUUAGUCAAUCAAGUAGGUGUGGAAGACGAAGAAGAGGAUGCUAUUUUUUAUGAGGGUGUUGAGGGCGAAAAUGGCGACAUUGAUGCUGCUGGUAUUGUUAUAAUGCUUAAUGGCAUCGCAACGCAAAUGUUUAAUGAACAAAGUAUGUGCAAUGGCAUUGGUACGGGGGAUGCGUUAGCAGUACUUCAAGAGGAGGAUGACACUGAUUUAAGUACUAAACAAGCACAAGUGUCAACUAAAACAAAUAUAAAAUCAUUCUCAAAAACCCAUAAAAGAUCAACCAGCAGUGUUGGUGCACUUGCCUACGGAACUUCGGAUAAAUGCAGUACUGCAUUGCAAAGCCAUGCUGAAGCACACAGUGUCAAUUGUUUGAAUACGCUUCACAAUAGUUCUAGUCCAGUACAAAAAUCUGAAAAGCCAAGCAAACAUAAACGACAAUUGAGUCAACAACUUUCGAUUUCGGGUUCCAUACAAAGUGGGAACUCGUCCACGAACUCUUCGUUGAACGAAAAUUAUCAAAAUUUAUCACCACUAGGAAGUCAAAAGAGUGAAGCAAGUAUAGAACUAACAACAUUUCGCUAUAAUAAAUUUUUAAUAUAUACGAACGGUUUGGUCAUGUCGAAAAAAGAUAUUACUCGUGAAUGA